ACAUUUCGUACUCGACCGAAGUCUUUACAAGACCUACCCAAUUUUUUUUUAAGAUCUACAUGUCCGAAUUAUGGCUCGUGGACAACUCGAAGUGACCUGACUUCUGCGUGCGCCGUCUUUAUUUUCGCGAUCGAUUGAUUGAUUUCUCGCUCGUGCGAUCCUUUAUCGACGUGAUCGCGUAUCAGUCGAUCCGCGCCGCGCGCCCCGUGUGUGUGUGAUUGUGUGUGGAUACCCGAGCGGCCCGGCCCGCCUGGCCCGCUCAACGACAGUGUUGUGCUCAGCGCCCAUCACCCCCGUGUAGUGUUACGGCGGUGGAGUGGAGUUUUUUUUAUAUUUUCCGCUGGAUUAGUUGUUCUAUGAACGACGCCGAAAAUGAAUCGCCAGCAGCAGCAGCAGCAGCAGCAGCAGCAACUGCAGCAGACGCAGUCGCAGCAGCAAAUUGUGCAGCAGCAGUCUUAUCAGACGCAGCAGCAGACGCAGCAGAUUGUGCAGCAGCAGCAGAGGAUUAGUCGCGUGGAGCAGCAUGUGACGCGCCAAGUGACCAGCCAGCAGCAGCAAGUGCAAGGCCAGGUGAUGCAGUCCCCAGGCUUACAAAUGAUUGGUGGUCGGCCUGGGGAUGCGUCUCCACCAGUGUUCGAACAAAUCUUCAAGAACGCACGCUUCGCACAAGGUGGCAACGCCCUGUUCGAAGGUCGCGUCCGGGGCAACCCCAAGCCCGUCGUCUCCUGGACCCGUAAGGGAGCCCCCCUUUUCGAGUCCAACAAGUAUAAGAUGAAGUACGAGGAACAAACAGGGAAUGUUUCUCUACUCAUCAACCAAAUCGGUCCCGGAGACGAGGGCGAGUACACUUGCUCCGCACGCAACCAGUAUGGCGAAGCCAUCUGCUCCGUGUACAUUCAGCCUGAAGGCCAACCACAGCUGGGUGGAUACCAGCGUCAAGUUGAGCAGACGUACGAAUCCACACAACAAACCACGUCUGGUGGCCAAACAGUCCAGAGCUACCAGCAGCAGCGCACCGAAAAGACGUCAUACUCAAACGGGCACACCUUAGUAGAAGAAGAUUUCAAGGUGGACACUUUCGAAUAUAGACUGCUGAGGGAAGUAGAGUACCGCGAAUCCGUGACGAGGAGGUACUCCCACGAGACAGACUCCCGUUUGUCGACGACCGUGGAACGCAACCUCGGUCCCGCAGCAGCCCCACAAAUUACGCAGAAGCCAAGAAACUCCAAGUUGUCCGAAGGAUCGGAUGCAGUGUUCGCGGCCAAAAUUCCUGCCAACCCUAAGCCAAGGUUGACAUGGUUCAAAAAUGGUGUCAGAAUCGUUCCGUCACAGAAAUUCCAGUCGAAUUAUUCCAACCAGCAGGCGUCGCUCAAAGUUACAAACGCACAGACAGAGGACUCCGGCCACUACACACUCCUCGCAGAGAACCCUCAGGGUUGCGUGGUGUCGUCCGCCUACCUGGCCAUCGAGCCCCAGGCGCAGGAGAACAUCUACCAGCAGCAGAGGGAGAUCAGAUCGACCCAGCAGCAGGAGACGCAGCAGGUGGUCGAGUCGAGCGAGGUGGACGCGAGCAAGAUGCUGGCGCCCAACUUCGUGCGCGUGUGCAACGACCGCGACGUGACCGAGGGCAAGAUGACGCGCUUCGACUGCCGCGUCACCGGCCGGCCGUACCCCGAGGUGACGUGGUACAUCAACGGGCGCCAGGUCAUCGACGACGCCACGCACAAGGUGCUCGUCAACGAGUCCGGCAACCACGCGCUCAUGAUCACCAACGUGAGCCGCGCGGACGGCGGCGUCGUGACGUGCGUGGCGCGCAACAAGGCCGGCGAGACGUCCUUCCAGUGCAACCUCAGCGUCAUCGAGAAGGAGCAGGUCGUGGCGCCCAAGUUUGUGGAACGAUUCACGACCGUGACCGUCAACGAGGGCGAGCCGGUGGUGCUGAACGCACGCGCCGUCGGCACGCCCUGCCCAAGGAUCACAUGGCAGAAGGACGGUAUCCCGAUAUCGUCCAGCCCGGACGUGCACAUCAGCGUGGACGGCGGUGCCUCCUCGCUGGACAUCCCACGAGCCAAGACGACGGACGCGGCGUGGUACCAGUGCACGGCGCAGAACGUGGCGGGCUCGACGGCGACCCGCGCGCGCCUGUACGUGAUCGGGCCGGACCGCAGCCAGCAGACAGAGGUGCGCCGGCUGCACCUGCCGCGUCCCACGAGAGUCAUCGAGCCAGAGCCAGAGCCGGGUCCCGAAGUGAUCUACCUCCGCCACGUGGAGCGCGCCAAGCCGCACUUGCCGGCCUCCGAGCCGGACCGGCAGUACCCGUCGCCGCAGUUCAUCGUGCCCCUGCGGGACGUGGCGCAGGUGGAGGGAGGCCGCAUCCACUUCGAGGCCCGCAUCGAGCCGGUGGGUGACCCCACCAUGCAGGUCGAGUGGUUCCUCAACGGACGCCUCCUUGGAGCCAGUUCGCGGGCCACCACCACCUUCCGCUUUGGCUUUAUCGCCCUCGAUCUCCUAAGCAUCAUCUCACAAGACGGAGGCGAGUACGUAUGUCGGGCAACGAGCAGCUCAGGAGUGGCCGAGUCCAGGGCUCGGCUCACAGUCACAGCUCGUGCCUCAAUCGAACAGUCCAGCCAACACCCGGACAGCCUCCAGCAGAUCCAGCAGCUGGAGGACUACUCUCGGUACCAGCGCACCGAGAGCCUGGAGGAAAUGACCGCCCAGCGACCCGAGUUCAUCCGCCCACUCCAUGACCUGGGCGACCUGCAGGAGGGACGCAACGCUCACUUCGAGGCGCAGCUCACCCCUGUCAGCGACCCCACCAUGAAGGUGGAGUGGUACAAGGAUGGUCGACCAAUCACAGCAAGUUCACGCAUUACCUCUAUCUUCAACUUCGGCUAUGUCUCUCUCAAUAUUUUGCACCUACGGGCUGAAGAUACUGGUGUUUACACUGUGCGUGCACUGAACCGCUGGGGAGAAGCCAUUAGCUCCUCCACUGUCCGAGUUAUUGCGCGGACAACAGUGACAGGUGAUCUAGGAAUUCCUGAGCAACAGAGAUAUAUUGAGAAAGUAGAAGAGCUGGAAGCAUACCACCAAGCUCAGCAGUACAGAAAUUACCAACCAGAACCACAAGAGAGUUAUGCGCCACCUGAGUUUAAGACUCCCAUUAAGGAUCAGCUUAAUAUUCGCGAAAAUGCUUUUGCGCAUUUUGAGGCACGUCUGGAGCCCCUGGGGGAUCCAACUCUGCGUGUUGAGUGGUUUAAAGAUGGUCGUCCUGUGGAAGCAAGUUCAAGGAUUACCAGUUUCUUCAACUUUGGAUAUGUUGCCUUGACUAUCAAGAAUGUUACUAUCUAUGAUCAAGGCACUUACACAUGCCGUGCUAUCAACCAGCUUGGUGAAGCUGUUACAUCAGCCCAGUUGACAGUAUCAGGCAAGAAAGAUAUCCUUUCAGAGAGUCAGCAUCCAGGAGGCCUGGAAAAGAUCCAACAUCUUGAGGACAGUAGCCGCUAUACGCGCAUGCAACAGGAGGAGAGCCAAGUUACUCAGAAGCCAAGGUUCUUGGGUCCCCUGAAAGGAACUACAAAGAUUGUGGAAGGCCAGCGAGCUCAUUUUGAGGCCCGUGUUGAACCCUUGAGUGAUACAACUAUGAAGAUUGAAUGGUACCACAAUGGCAAGCCUCUACAACAUGCCAAUCGCAUCCAGUUGUACCAUGAUUUUGGAUAUGUUGCCCUGGAUAUCUUAAGUGUCCGAGCUGAAGAUGGUGGCACCUAUACUGUGGUAGCAAGAAAUGCUCUGGGUGAAGCUCAACAAUCGGCUAGUAUGGUGGUAGAAACUCGCUCAAGCAUUGACACAUCCAGCAUGCACCGAGGAACUUUUGACAAGACUCGUCAAAUUGAAGAGUCAAAGUUUGUGGAACCACACUACAACAUUGAAGAAAUUUCCAAGUCCAAACCAAUUUUUGUGCAGCCUUUGUCUGACCCGAAACCAGCCAGUGAAGGCAAAAAUAUUCAUCUGGAGUGCCGAUUGGAGCCUAUGGGGGAUCCAACCAUGCGUGUAGAAUGGUUCCAGAAUGGACGCCCAGUCACAGUUGGCUCUCGGUUCCGCACAUAUUAUGACUUUGGGUAUGUGGCUCUGGAUAUUGUUAAGACAACUGCUAUGGACUCUGGGGAGUACACUUGCCGAGCCACCAAUCACCUGGGCUCUGCUCACACAUCUGCUUGUGUUAGGAUUAUUAGUCGUGCUGACAUUGUAACUGAAACAAUGAAUGAGUCCUCUCUUGAGCAAAUUCAAAUGUUGGAGGAUGCAUCACGUCAUCAACGCCAUGCCCAAGAGGAAAUUAUUGUUGCUCAGCCUCCUCAAUUCACAAGACCAUUGCACAACCUGGAAACCAUUGAAGGAACUAAUGUUCAUCUUGAAUGCCGCCUUCAGCCAGUUGGUGACCCAACAAUGCGCGUUGAUUGGUUUGUCAAUGGACGACCUGUUCGCACUGGACAUCGCUUCCGUCCUGCAUAUGACUUUGACUAUGUUGCUCUUGAUCUCUUGAGUGUUUAUCCUGAGGACUCUGGUGUGUACACAUGUCAAGCACGCAAUCAGCUGGGAGAGGCUGUUACUUCUUGCUCUGUUAGAGUGAUUGCCAAAAAAGAUUUGCUUUUGGAGACUCAGCAUCCUGGUGGAUUAGAAAAGAUUCAGUACUUAGAAGAUACCUCUCGAUACAAGAAGUCAGAAAUGGCUGAUGAAAUUGUUAAUGUUCGUCCAAGAUUUGUCACAAGACCUAAGAAUGUAGAUGGUCUGCGAGAAGGUUCUCAUGCUCACUUUGAGUGCAAAUUAGAACCUGUAACUGAUCCCAAUUUAAAGGUUGAAUGGUUCAAGAAUGGACGCCCCAUUACUGUUGGACAUCGUUUUAGACCAAUCCAUGACUUUGGAUAUGUCGCUUUGGAUAUAAUUGAUCUGAUUGCUGAAGACUCUGGAACUUACACUUGCAGAGCUGUAAACUUAAUGGGAAGUGAUGAGACAACAUGCACCUUGUCAUGCAGAGGUGGAGCUCAAAUUGUAACCACUACUGAAAACGAACAAGGAUUACAGCAAAUUCAAUAUCUUGAAGAUCGCUCUCGUUACCAGCGCCAUGAGCAAGUAGAUGAAUCAACAACUCAGGCUCCAGUUUUCACAACUUCUUUAAAGCCUGUCAACAUCAGGGAGGGCCAGCGUGCUCACUUUGAGUGUCGACUCAUUCCUGUCAGUGAUGCUACCAUGAAGGUUGAGUGGUUCCACAACAACCAGCCAUUAAAAUCAGGCUCCCGCUUCACUGAGACAAACAACUUUGGAUUUGUGGCUCUAGACAUUCUCUACUGUUACCCUGAAGAUGCGGGCACAUACACUUGCAGAGCGCGUAAUUGUUUAGGAGAGGCUGUUACAUCAACUACCUUGGCUGUCCAGUCAAGACAGUCCAUCCAGAGGGAUACUCAGCAUGAAUCAGCAUUGGGUCGUAUCAACCAGCUGGAGAGUACCAGACACCAACGGUCUGAUGUGCCUGAUGAUGUCGUCACACAGCCUCCUGUCUUCACUCAGCCAAUGCGUGAUGUUCGAGUUGCUGAGAAUCAGGCAGCUCACUUUGAAGCUCGCCUAAUUCCUGUUGGAGAUCCUAAGCUGCGGGUGGAAUGGCUGCGCAAUGGUGUUCCCAUUCAGGCCUCCAACCGAGUGACAACAAUGCAUGAUUUUGGGUAUGUUGCACUAAACAUGAAGUAUGUAAAUCCAGAAGAUUCUGGUACAUACACAUGCCGUGCCAUCAAUGAGCUUGGACAGGCAUUCACAUCUGGAGCCUUGGAUGUAGCUUCCAAAGCUUCUUUACUUCUUGAAACACAACAUCAUGCAGCUGUUGAAAAGAUCCAGCAACUUGAAGAUCACACACGCUAUGGUAGGAGAGAAGAGGAGGAUGUUGUGGUGACUCAAGCUCCACAUUUCACCACACAGCUGAACGGCCCCACUCAACUUGUGGAAGGCCAGAGUGCUCACUAUGAGUGUCGUAUUGAGCCAUACCCAGACCCAAAUCUCAAAGUUGAAUGGUUCCACAAUGGAAAACCUUUGUCAACUGGCCACCGUUAUCGCACUACCUACGAUUUCGGGUUUGCAUCUCUGGAUGUUCUGACAGUCUAUGCUGAAGAUGCUGGCGAGUACACCUGCAGAGCUACAAACAAGCUUGGCCAGGCUACCUCCUCAAUCAAGUUGGGUGUUACUUCACGCGCAUCCAUCAUUCGUGAAACACAGCAUGAGGGUGCUCUUCAGAAAAUUCAACAUCUUGAGGAUGACUCACGCUACCGAAGGAAAAUUGAUGAGGAUGCUGUUGUGUUGGAAAAGCCACAGUUCGGCCGUUCUCUUAGGAACAUUGAAAAUCUACCUGAAGGUCAAAGUGCUCACCUGGAGGCAACUCUCACACCUGUCAAUGACCCUACCAUGGUUGUUGAAUGGUUUUGCAAUGGAAGACCAAUUAAGCAAGGUCAUAGAUUUAAAACCACUUAUGACUUUGGUUUUGUUGCCUUGGAUGUAUUGUAUGCAUACCCUGAAGAUUCUGGAACUUACAUGUGCCGUGCUCGCAAUGCUGUUGGAGAGGCUGUCACGACAUGCUCUGUUAAGGUGUUGGGCAAAGAAGGAUUGUGUCUUGAUACUCUCGAUGAACAGAGGCUUCAAAAGAUUCGAGAGCUUGAAAACUACGCUAGGCCUCAGCGUGAAGAAGCUGAGGCUGUGCCACAGAAACCAGUCUUUGUUACUCCACUCACAAGUUUGCCUAAUCUUAAAGAAGGUGAACAUGCUCAUCUUGAGUGCCGAGUUGAGCCUAUUAAUGAUCCCAAUCUCCGUAUUGAAUGGUUUGUUAAUGGAAAGGCUCUCAAAACUGGUCACAGGUUCCGUACCACUCAUGACUUUGGAUAUGUUGCUUUGGACAUAUUGUAUGCCUAUUCUGAAGAUUCAGGAACAUACAUGUGCAAAGCUACCAACCUGCAGGGUGAGGCUGUAAAUACAUGUGAAAUAUCUUGCUCUUCCCGUCGCAGCAUUUAUCUCGAAUCUCAGCAUCCAGAUGGUUUAGAAAAGAUUCAAAUGCUGGAGGCGGCAGGACAUCCAGCUCGCCUGGAGGUAGAGGAACCAGUUGUAACAGCUCCCCGUUUGGUAACAGAACUACGUGGCACAACAGAAAUUUUUGAAGGCCAAACUGCUCACUUUGAAUGCCAAGUUGAGCCUCUGCAUGAUCCAAACUUGCGCAUUGACUUCUACCACAAUGGAAAGCCCCUUCCCUCAGGAAAUCGUUUCCAUAUCACUUUUGACUUUGGAUACGUUUCUUUGGAUAUCACUCAUGCAGUCCCUGAGGAUGCUGGAGAAUAUACUGUCCGGGUCACCAAUGCUCUUGGCGAAUGUCAGUCAUCAAUCAAGCUUAAAGUCAAUGCAAAGGGUAGUAUCAUUUCAGAAUCCCAAAGACCAGAAGCUUUGGAGAAAAUCAGUAAGCUUGAGGCUGGAGCUCCCAAGAAGGCUGAUGCUGAUGAACCUCAGACCCGUCAACGGCCAGUUUUCACUCAGCCCUUGCAGAAUAUUGACAAUAUUGCUGAGGGACAGACUGCUCACUUCGAAUGCCGCUUGAUUCCAGUUGGUGAUCCAACACUCAAAGUUGAAUGGUUCCGUAAUGAGAAACCACUUGAAACCAGCUCUCGCAUUGCCAAAACUCAUGACUUUGGUUUUGUUUCACUUGACAUGUCACACGUUCGUGAGGAGGAUGAAGGUGUUUACAUGUGCCGUGCUUCCAACGCUCUUGGUGAGGCAGUGACAACAGCCUCAAUGAAAAUUCGCAGCAAGGCAUCCAUCCAGCUUGAUACCUUGCACCCCGAAGGCAUGAAGAGAGUCCAACAGUUGGAAGAGGGCAAGGGUCCUCAAAGACCAGAUGAACCAGAAAGAGUAUUUGAGAAGCCCAUCUUUACACAGAUGUUGACUGGUCCAUCUGAAUUGUGGGAAGGACAGCAUGCUCACUUUGAGUGCCGUGUAGUACCUGUAGGUGAUCCAAACUUGAGAUUUGAGUGGUAUGUGAAUGGAGUAGAACUGAAGAUGGGCUCCCGUUUCCGAGUCACCCACGAUUUUGGCUUUGUUACUUUGGAUAUUAGUAAGACAGUUCCUGAAGACUCGGGAGUUUAUAUGUGUAAAGCAAUUAAUCUUGCUGGCGAGGCUGUUUCAUCUACAUCUUUGAAGGUGAAAUCUAAAUCCAGCAUUUCCAGAGAUGCUCUUCAACCAGAUGCAUGGCAGAAGAUUCAGCUAAAGGAAGCAGAAAUGAACAAGGUUCCAGAAAUGUUUGUGGAUACAACACCACAACAAGCACCUGUCUUCACGACUCACCUCACAAGCCAGGAUAAACUGGUGGAGGGACAACAUGUCUACUUGGAAGCUCAGGUUGAACCUCGUGCUGAUCCUAAUUUGCGUGUUGAGUGGUUCAAAAAUGGAGAAUCCUUAACAACAGGUUCUCGUAUCCGAAGCACAUUUGAUUUUGGUUUGGUAACUCUUUCAAUUAAUGGGCUGCGUGCUGAUGAUUCUGCAAUCUACACCUGCAAAGCUACUAACUUGCUGGGUGAAGCUGUUUCAACAGCAACAUUGAAGAUUGAUGAUCAACAUUGGCUUUUGAACAAACCUUUGCACCCUGAGGCCAUCCCUCGUAUUGAACAGUUAGAAGCUCCAAAGGCAGCUCGUCCAGAUGCUCCAGAACCUACCUAUGAGCUGCCAGUGUUCAUCACACAUUUGAACAACGUUGAGUGCAAGGAGGGUGACACAGUGCACUUUGAAUGCCAUGUUGAACCAGCUAAAGACCCAACUCUUGGCAUUGAAUGGUUUGUUAAUGGCAAGCCUUUAACACAAGGUGCUCGCUUCAAGUCGACUUAUGACUUUGGCUAUGUAUCUCUUGAUAUUGUUGGAGCAUAUCCUGAGGAUUCAGGAAUUUACACUUGUAAGGCAACAAAUAACAAGGGAAGUGCCACCACUUCAGGCUCUCUUCGGUGCACAGGUAAAUCUAGUAUUUACUUGGACACUCAGCACCCACAAGGAAAACAGGGUCUUGAAGCUGUUGAUGAGGUUGAAGCAGCUGUUCAAGGAAAGGCCUCUCGCAAACCAGACCAACCAGAGCCACAGUUCCCCAAGCCCAUCUGGACUAUCCCAUUGAACCCAGAAUUCCGCUUGGGUGAAAAUGAUAAGCUUCAUCUUGAAGGAACUGUUGAGCCAAAGAAUGAUCCGAACUUAAAGAUUGAAUGGUACUUCAAUGGCAAAGCAUUGGAGCAUGGGUCUCGUUUUAAGAUGACGAAUGACUUUGGUUUUGUUACUCUGGAUUUGGCUGAUGUUUAUGAAAGAGACCAGGGAGUCUACACAUGCAAGGCUUUCAAUCAAGCUGGAGAAGCUUUUACAUCCACCACUAUUUACUGCACAGGCAAAGUAAACCUUAUUGAAGGAACACAGCAUCCCAAAGGUGAGAAGGGCCUGGAACAAAUUCAAAAUCUUGAAGAUGCUCUUAGUCGUGAACCUGGCAGCGUGCCUGAAGCUGAUGGAGGACAGCCUCCUGUUUUCACUUCACAGCUCGACGUACCACCAGAAAUGACAGUUGAGUUCCAGAACUUGAGCAACCUUAGUGAGGGUGAUAUUGCUCACUUUGAGGCUUCUUUAACACCUGUUGGGGAUCAAACUAUGGUUGUUGAGUGGUUCUACAAUGGAAAGCAAAUUGAUGCAAGUCACAGGACUAGAACAGUACAUGCAUUUGGAAUGGUUGUUCUUGAAAUUUUGGGUACCAAAAUUGAGGAUUCUGGCACAUACACAUGCCGUGCAACCAACAAGUGGGGAAAGGCUGAGAUAAGUGUCAAUCUAGAAUGUGUUGAUAAGUCAAAGGGUCAGAAACCUCAGUUUACUACUCAGAUCCAAAGUCAAGACAGUUUGAAGGAAGGUGAUUCUGCUCACUUUGAGUGCACCUUGAUUCCUGUGAAUGAUCCAAACCUUAAAGUGGAAUGGUUCCACAAUGGCCAGCCUCUACGUCAUUCUUCACGAAUCAAAUCUGUAUCAGAUUUUGGUUUUGUUGUGAUGGACAUUGCAUAUGUUCAGAGCCAUGAUACGGGAGAAUAUAUAUGCAAAGCUAGCAAUAAAUAUGGUGAGGAUACCACUCGGGCCACCAUUAAGUGUACUGGUAAAGGUGGUGUGUAUCUGGACAGCCUCCAGCCUGAUGCCCUGGCCCGUAUUAAGGAAUUGGAAAGCCAGCAAGGUCAACAGCCAAGUCAAUCUGCUGCUCCAGCUGACCAGCCACCUAAGUUUAUCACACAGAUAACUGAUGUUGUGAAUCUAAAAGAAGGACAAAGUGCUCACUUUGAAGCAAGACUUACACCAGUCACUGAUCCUAAUCUUGUGGUUGAGUGGUAUUAUAAUGGUAAGAAACUACCCCAUGGACAUCGCUAUCGUACCUUCCAUGACUUUGGCAUUGUGAUCCUGGAUAUUUUGUACUGUUAUGAAGAGAAUUCUGGUCUCUAUGAAUGUCGUGCUUACAACAAAGUUGGUGAGGACAGUACAAAGGCUAAUCUUAAAUGUGUAUCUAAAGCCAAUCUCAUCCUGGAAUCCCAACUGCCUGAGGGUAUGGAAGGAGGCUUGGAGAAAAUUCAAACUCUUGAAGAUUCUCUGGUUCGCACCCGAGAUGAGCAAUCUAGUGAGCUCAAAGGUGUCGCUCCUAUGUUUACUGUGCCUUUGUCCAACAUUGACAACUUACGUGAAGGAGAAAGUUGUCACUUUGAGGCCAGAUUGACACCUACAAAUGACCCAAAACUAAAAGUGGAAUGGUUCUGGAACGGCAAACCUUUAAAGACAGGCUCUCGUUUCCGCACUUUCUGUGACUUUGGUUUUGUUAUUUUGGAGAUUUCUCCUGUAUAUCCCGAAGAUUCUGGAGAAUACUCUUGCCGCGCAUUCAAUGAUUAUGGUGAAGCUGUAACAACUGCAACAAUGAAAAUACAAGGCAAACGAAGCAUUAUUAUGGAGUCCCAGCUUCCACAAGGAAUGGAAGGUACAAUUGACAAAAUUGCUGAACUGGAGGGUCUUGGUCAGCCUCGUGGACCCACUGAGGUUGAAGAUGACACAGGCAAACCUCCUGAAUUUGUCACCAGUCCAACGGAUCAGUCUCUGGCUGAGAACUCUUUAGCACACUUUGAAUGCCGUCUCAUACCAGUUAAUGAUCCCUCCAUGCGAGUUGAAUGGUUCCACAAUGGCAAAGCUUUAUGGGCCGGUUCUCGCAUCAAAACUAUCAAUGACUUCGGUUUUGUUAUCCUUGAGGUGGCAGGAAUCUAUGUGCGAGAUGCUGGACUUUACACUUGCAAGGCAACAAACAAACAUGGAGAAGCAACUGUAUCAUGCAAAUUACAAGUCCGAGGUCGUCAAGGCAUUGUUCUGGAGCCUCAACUGCCAUCCCACUUCAAGACAGGAACAGAAAGCCUCCAAAAGCUUGAAGAACAACUUUACAAAAAAGAUGAAAUCAUGGCUGAGGAUGAAAAGCCUAAUCCUCCCAGGUUUAUUGUUGAACUUAAGGAUCAAUUGGAUCUUGAAGAGGGUCAGCCAGCCCACUUUGACUGCAGAGUAGAACCAGCAAGUGAUCCUACUAUGCGCAUUGAUUGGUUUUGGAAUGGCCGUCCAUUUGCCACUGGAUCUCGUGUCCAUCAACUGAAUGACUUUGGUUUCAUUGUUAUGGACUUGAUGCACACCUAUGCACGAGACUCAGGAGAGUUCAUGUGCCGUGCUACGAAUAAAUGGGGAACUGCAACAACAAAGGCCACUCUUCAAUGUAGAUCAAGGAAAACAAUUGACUUUGAUUCACAGCUUCCUCAAGGUAUGAGUGGAGAAAAGCUGAAAGCACUUGAAAGGGGUCCUAUACCUACAGCAGCUCCUCCCGAGGAACCAGCAGCACAACCACCUAAAUUCAUCACUCAGAUUGAGUCAGCCAUUGUCGAAGAAAGUGAGUCUGUUCACUUUGAAUGUCGUGUUGAGCCCAAAAAUGAUCCCAAACUCAGAAUUGAGUGGUACCGCAAAGGAAAGCCUUUGCCAUCUGGUCACCGCUACCGCAGCACAUACGACAUGGGCUUUGUGUCUCUUGAUAUCCUCAAUGUGUACAAUGAGGAUGAAGGAGAGUAUGUUUGCCGUGCUGUCAAUGAAGUUGGUGAAGACUUCACAAAAGCCACUGUUUCCUGCAAGAAAUUACCCACAAUCGUUCUGCAUAAUCAAGUACCUAAGGGCAUGCUGAAAUCUGAGCAGCUCAUGCAAAUGGAGGCAGCUAUCAAGAAGUACACCUCUGAGGUUCACCUUACUGAAGAUGAUCUUUUUGAUCCAGAUCGCAAACAGCCACCUCGCUUUGUUACCCAAAUUCAAACCCAAAUGGACUUAGUUGAGAUGCAAAAUACCAAAUUUGAAUGUCAACUUGCUCCCGUAGGGGAUCCAAACAUGAAAGUGGAAUGGUUCUUCAAUGGAAAACCUUUACCUCACAAGAAUCGCUUUACACCCAUUUAUGACUUUGGGUAUGUGGCUAUGAACUUUGGCUGGGUUUAUCCUGAGGACAGUGGCGAAUAUCUUUGCCGUGCCACUAAUCUCUAUGGCAUGGAUGAAACUCGUGCAAUUAUUAAGACAGCUGGUAAACCAGGAAUCAUUUAUGAGUCUCAACUGCCAAAGGGCAUGAAGAGUAUUGAACGUAUUAGAGAAAUGGAAGCAGCUUGGCAAGUUGCACCAGAAUCCUUGGAAGAAGAUGAAAAAGCAAGGGAGGCUCCUGUGUUUGUCACCAAACCAGAGCCUUUCACUGUGCAGGAGGGCGAGUGUGCACGUUACUGUUGCCGUGUAACUGGUUUCCCAAGACCCAGGGUGAUGUGGCUGGUUAAUGGACACACAGUGGUUAAUGGCUCUCGCUACAAAUUGACCUAUGAUGGAAUGUGGCAUUUGGAUAUUCCGAAGACUCGUCAGUACGAUAACGGCACUGUUGAGGUCAUUGCUAGAAACUCAGUUGGAGAAGCCCGAGUCAGCACUGAGCUGAUAGUGAAGGCCCGUGGUGAUGAUUAUCGCAGUGUUCUCAAGAAUUCUCCUCGUCCUUGGUACGAUGCUGAUCUUGAGCAGUACCAGAAGGAACGUCAGGACACAGAGCUGGAGUCUUUCUUCCAGGAGAGACAAGUUCAAAAGUCUCAACAAGGUGAGAUUCAAUUUGAGCCAAGGAACAAACAACCAUCAAAAGAACCUGAACUUGAGUGGCAACGCACUGCCAAAGAAAAGCGUGGUGAAGAGUAUUACAGCAAACUUCGAGAGCUUGAGGAGGAGCAAAUGCUCAAGGAGUCUCAUCUACGUGAAAAGUCUCAUCAAUUUGCUAUUCCCGGGGAUAAGGUAGUUUCCAAGUCCCUUGCAAAGGGCAUGGCACAAAGUUAUGAAACCAACUUAGGAGACAAACCAAAGGAUGAGAAACCUGACUGGGUCAAACAAGCUAAACUGAAGCAAAGGUCAGCUGCUCAGACUCUUGAGUCUCAGCAAUUAGAGCAAACUCAGCGCAAGAUUGUUCAACCCUCUUGGGUCGAGCAGGCAAAGGCAAAGCACAAGGCUACACUCCAGCACCUUGAGCAGCAGCAGCUGCAGCAGCAACAGCAGAGGCAGGAGAAAUCUGAGCAACAAACUGUUCAGGAAACCAAGGAGGAAACUCAGAAGCAAACUCAGCAGCAGAAAACUGUGCAAAAGAAGGGUGUUCCUCCUGAAGGAGAAAGCAGUGUUCAUGGACGAGAGGUCCAUGUCGCCAAGCAGAAGCAAACCCAAAAAGAGGUUGUUGGUGACACUGAGAUCACAAGAAAGAUCACUGCUACAGAGACUACUGAGGUUGAGCACAAAGGCAAGACUCAUGAAAGAGUUGUUCAAGGUCAAGUGAAACCAGCGAAACCUCCGGUGUUUACGAAAAAAAUACAACCAUGUAGAGCAUUUGAGCAAGAACAAGCUCGCUUUGAAGUUGAGUUUGAUGGUGAUCCACUUCCAACCAUUCAGUGGUUCCGAGAGGAUUUCCCCAUUCAGAGUUCCCCUGAUUUCCAAAUUACCACCUUUGGUAGAAAAUCAAUAUUGGUUGUGAGACAGGUGUUCAUGGAAGACUCUGGCGUUUUCGCCGCGAUUGCGGAGAACCGCGGGGGGAAGGCCAAAUGCAGUGCCAAUCUGGUCGUGGAGGAACGCCGUCGGCCGGGCCGUGGGGGUGUCAUCCCUCCAAGCUUCGUGUCCACAGUCCAGGACGUGACCGUCAAGGCUGGUAGCUUGGCACGCUUCGACGCCAAAAUCACCGGCACUAAGCCCUUAGAUGUCCACUGGCUCAAGAACGGGUCCAAGGUCGUCCCCGAUAUCCGUUACAAGACCGUCGAGGAAGACAAUUUGCACACACUGCUGAUCCUUGAGGCGACUCCCCAGGACAGCGGCCGCUACGAAUGCGUCGCUAUCAACGGCGCCGGAGAGGCUCGCUGUGACGCAGAGUGCUUCGUGCAGCCGGCGGGCAAGGCACCGGCCCAGCCUGGGAAGCAGGCUCCGUCCGACCAGAGCGGCAAGCCCAAGGUGGUCAAACCGUUGACGGACCAAACUGUGCGGGAGGGACAGCCUGUGGAGUUCUCAUGCAAAAUCACUGGCCCAUCUCCAGAUCAAAUGCUAGACCACAACUGGUACAAAGGCAACAAGAUUAUCAAGCCUUCCAGAUACUUCCAAAUGAAUCUUAACAGCUCUGGAACUUACACACUCAAAAUUUCUGAAGCUUUCCCUGAAGAUGAAGGCGAAUACAAGUGUGAAGUGAAAACACCAGCUGGCACCGUGUCAACAUCAGCCAAGCUACGAGUACAAGCUCCAGAGACUCAGGAAGUAGCUCCAAAAUUGACGCCCAUGAAAGAUGUCAUAGUUCCUGAAGGAAGUCCUGCUCAAUUCAAAACUCAAGUCACCGGGAAGCCCCAACCAACUGUUCAGUGGUAUAGAGAAGGAGCUCUUAUCCCUCAGUCUGCUGACUUCCAGAUGAUUCAUGAAGGAAACUAUGCUGUACUUCUCAUUUCUACUACUUAUGAAGAAGAUUCAGGCAAAUUUACUUGUCGUGCUACUAAUGCUGCAGGGCAGACCGAGACUUCUGCUAAGCUGCUCGUCAAAAGACGCCCGGGACUUGCACACAGUGUGCCCAUCCACGAGCAGCAGGCGCCGGGUGCGGCGCCAACCAAAGGCUUCCCCGGUGGAUCGCAGCAAGGGCCGGGCGCUCCGGGUGCUUUCGAUGGUUCAGGUGGACCACAGGCACCUCAACCAGGAGGCCCCCAGCAGGGCUUUCAGCAGUUGACGGGAUGGGCAGGGCCUCAGCCGUUCUUCACCCCACAGCAGGGCUUUCCGCCCCGACUGCCUCAGCAAGGUUUUGUGGCGCCGCAGCAGCGCUUUAUGAUGCCCCAGCAACAACCGGGAUUGCCUCAACAGUUUGUUCCUCCGCAGCCAGGUGUCUAUGAGCAGGAUGCUCAGGGACCUCAAGUUGCGUACGCAAGAACGUUUAUCCCCCACAAGAACCUGCCGAGGCCAGGCUUUGCCACACCGCAACAGGUAUCACAGCCCGGCUUUAUAGGGCCUCAGUCUACGCCUCAAAUGGGCCAAAUGCCAACUCCUUUUGGAGCACAGCUACCGUUUGUGACCCCUCUGGAGCAGACCAUGCCAUCGACCUUUUCGCGGGCAGAUAGCAUUCAACAACCUCUUCAGUCGCGUCCAGGUGCUAUUCAGCCGCAACCAUUGAUAGGCGGCCAACAACCACUUCAGUCGUAUCCGGCUUCGAUUCAGCCGCAACCGACCAAAGUGGCUUCAGUUACUCCCCAUGUAUCGCCGAGCGCAUAUAAGCCGCAUGAGCAGAGUUUGCUGGCACCGGAAAGUACUAAUGGAGAGACUUUACCCUGGCGCAGGCCUCGCUCUUCGAGCGUCCAGGUACCCAGAAAGCCACCAUCCCCAUGGGCUCCAGCGAGCCGCGAUAGGUCAUUGGAUAGUCAGCCAGCAGCAGAUGAAAAAGCAGCUCAGCCGUGGACGAAACAAAACCUCAAGCUUAAGAAAGCACCACGUCCCAAGAAAUCGUUUGAAAAGGAGGAGCUGGGACCCAUCAAGCUGAAACCAUCAAAGAUACAGAAGAGACCUAUCCCAAGAGAAGAAUUAGAGCAAGUGGACUUAAAGCCAGGCCAACGAGCCCAAAAGAAGUCUCCAGAAAAAGAAGGCAUUCAACUGAAACCAAUUCCCGCCCGCGAUGGAAAACCAGACGCUCCAGAAGAAUCCCAAUUGAAACCCAGCAAGCGCCAAUCGCGCCCGCGCACUCGUCCUGGAGAUGAAAGGAAAUCGCCAAUCUGCCAACAGGAACUUUCAAAGCAGGUUCCUGAACCGGAAUAUAGCACGGUUGAAGACGAUGACCAUUCUGUUGAUCGAUCUCUCGAUGGCUCUCUUGACAGGUCCAUAGAUGAGUCUCUAGACGACGACUUUUGGAAACCCAAAGUUGCACCAUGGAGUAGUGAGCCAGUUGUUCUUAAAAAGACACAGAGGAAACGGAAAGUUUUCAAAAAAGAAGAGUUGGAGGAGAUACACUUAAAACCCGCCAAAAUUGAGAAGAGACGUUUGUCGAAACCAGAACUAGAACACGUUGACCUCAAACCGGUACCACAGGAGCAAAUGGGAAUUUUAUCGUGGACAGAGGAAGAGGAGGCAUCUCUUCUAAAGAUUGAUCGUCAAGAAAUUGAAAACUACAAACAACGACCAAGGUCACGAUCAAGAGACUUACUAUCCGAAGGCUCGGAGGCUUCAGAUAUAAAAUCUGUGAGUGAGCCCAUUCCGUGGUCCCACGAAUCACUCCAUCUCAAAAAAGCACCAAAGUUACCGAAAAAAGAGUUCCCUAAAGAAACAUUAGAAGAGGUCCAAUUAAAACCUGCAGUUAUUGAAAGAAGACAAAUGACUCGCGAAGAAUUAGAACGCGUUGAGUUACAACACGUUGAAAAAGAUGGAAUUGGCUCAUGGGCAGAGGAAGAUGACUCGUCGAUGUUGAAAUUGGAUAUGGAAGAGAUAGAAAUGUAUAAGAGACGUCCACGUUCUAGGUCUCGUGAUUUAUUAGACGAAACUUCGGAGGCGGACGACACAAGUAUGUCUUUAGAUCUAUCGCUGGAAGAUCUUCUUGAUAACAGGAAAGGUCCUAUUCCCUGGACAGAGGAACCCAUUCAACUUAAAAGAACCCCUAGAGAACACAAAGAAAUCGCUAAGGAGACUCUAGAACAGGUGCACUUAAAACCUUCGAAGAUUGAAAGAAAGGAAAUAACGAAAGAACAAUUAGAGCACGUUGAUCUAAAACCAGCUGAGAAAAUAGUAAAAGAAGUACCAAAACCGGAACAGGUAGUACUAAAGCCUAUUCCUAAGCCCUCCAGAGACACAAAUGUAGAUCGGCAAACGUUGCAACCUUUUUCAGAAACAGAGGACGCGUCCCUUUUGUCACUUGAUCGCAAGGUUGAUGUGGUGGAAAUGAAAAAGCCUCGACCAGAUUUUCUCGAAAUGUUAAAUGUGCAGGACUCAGAGCACACCGAUGUUCCAUUUUUCUGGAAAAGAGGUGGUCGAGUUCCUGAUAUAGUUGAAGUGCCUCAGGCACGCGGAGAAGAUAGUACUGUAAGAGAACUUGAACGCACCAUACGUCGGCUUAAGGAGGAGGAAAGCAAGGAAUUGUAUGUCGAGACUGAAGACUCGUCGAAGGUGACUCUAGGUGGGUCCUCCGUAGAGCACAAAAAACCCAAGCGUCAACUGCCACAAGAAGAAAAGCAGCCACAAGUCGUACCUUGGACUCAAGAAUCAAUUCAACUGAAAAAGGCUCCUCGAGAAAAACGCGAAAUCCCUAAAGAAACUCUUGGAGAGGUGUCACUGAAGCCAGUUCAAAUCGAGUCACGAGCUAUUAUGAAAGAGAGCGUUGAAACAGUUUCUCUGAAACCAAUUCCUAAAGAUGUUUUAGAACAAGAAAAACCUCAGAAAGUAACACUAAAAGAAAUUGAUCGAGCCGAACAAUCUAUUCUAGGUUUUGCAGAGACAGAUGACUCAAAUCUCCUGACAUAUGAGAAGCGCGAAGAAAUAGACCAGAGCAAACAGAAAGAGGAAACGGGCGUAAUGUGGGAAAGAGGGACAAGAAAGAAAACGAAGCAUAUUGUGUCAGAGGUGGAGGACUCGUCUCUGCUCCAGGUAGAAAAAGAAGAAACUAGUUCCAAGGAAUCGAAGGAAGUCGCCGUUAUGUGGCAGAGAGGUAAGAGGAAAAACACAGUUGAAAAAGUGACGGAAACUGACGAUACAUCAAUUUUGUCUAUUAACAAGAGGGAAGAUACGGAACAAAAGCAGCCUGAUGAAGUACCGGUUAUGUGGCAAAGAGGAAAGAAGAAGGAUACCACAGAGAAGCUAACAGAGACUGAUGAUUCCACAUUGCUUUCUUUAGAUAAAAGAGAAGAAUUGGCAACGAAGCAACCCGAUGAAGUCGCUGUUAUGUGGCAACGUGGUAAGAAAAAAACGGACGCUGUAAAAGAGCCUUACCAAGAAGUAGAAGAUGCCCAGCUCAUUGGAGUGGUCAAAACCGUAGAUGAGGAGAAACAACCAAUAAAACCACGGUCUGUUCCGGAACAUCCACAAGAGGCCAUACCAUGGAAUCAACAACCCAUGCAACUUAAAAAGACAACGCGAGAGGUCAAAGACGUGCGAAAGGAAACUGUCGAGGCAAUAGUCCUAAAGCCUUCAAAACCAUUAAGGAGGGAAAUUCCGAAAGAAGAGAUAGAGCACGUUGACUUACUGCCAAUUCAGCGUCAGCCUACAGAAGACAAUGUCCCGGAAAAUGUCCAGCUUAAACCAAUAGUUAAAGACGAGGUGCUUGUGGAAACCAUUAAAAGCGCAGAUAUAGAUCGCAAGGUAUCGGCGAAAGCCAGAGUAGCGCCGUAUUCAGAAGUUGAAGAUAAAACUCAAUUGACCGUAAGUCAGAAUGAAGACAUCGCUUCAAAACAAGAGGAACAGCCUGUCGCCUGGAGGAGAGGCAAAAUUCCAGCUGAAAAUCAGCCUAGUGAAAUUCAACACAUGACCGAAGUUGAAGAUGCAACGCGUUUGGCUAUUUCUGAGACGGAAGAAGAACUGAAAGUAUCUGAAGUUCCAGUGAUGUGGGAGAGGGGUAAAAAGAAAAAACCUGUGGAAAUCCCUCGAUCUGAAGUCGAGGACAUCACCAUUUUAAAGGUAGACGAAGUAGAAGAGAAGGAAAGUAAUCGCAAGCCACGCGCACAAAUUCCGUCUACGGAUUCUAAAGAAGUCCCAUGGAACAAAGAGGAAAUCAGACUGAAACGAACGCCCAAACAGCGAACCAAUGAGUCUAUUGCGUCGGUUGAAGAGGUUCAAUUAAAACCCACCAGGAAGCAGGUUGCUCCCGAAGAUAGCAAGUCUGACACCCCUGUAGAAAAGCCUGAGAAGUUUUCAGAGGUGGUGGAUAUUCAACCAUUAGUUCCAGACUCGCCACAAGAAAAAAAGACACGAGUUAGGAAAGAACGUCCCAAAGAAGAAAGCACAGAUGUGCCUUGGACGCAGGAAGGUGUUAUUUUAAAACGAACGCCCAAACAACCGAAGGAGUCUCCACAAGAGAAGAUAGAGGAAGUUCAGCUAAAACCUGUAACCUCACAUGCAGAGAAAACAGAAACGGGUUCUCCUCUGGUCCCCGAAACUGGCACACACAUGAAAACCAUCGAGAGUAAGUCUCCGAUUGACCUACCAACUCCCGAAACGCCUGGUCCCUCUUGGCAAAGAGCACCAAAGGUACAGAAACCGAAAGAAAUUGCCGAUGAUGUCGAGAUAAAGCGUGCUCCUCGACGACCCAAAGAGCCAGAAGAGGAAAAGCCUGAAGUGCAGUUGAAACCAAUAAAACAAAGACCUAAGGAAGUUGCAGAGCAGCCGGAAAUAACGCUCAAACCAUGGGGGAAAAGGAAAGAAGACACCCCACAUACCCCUACGUCACAGCCAGACGUCAGUGUACCGCACGUUGACCAAGUAAAGCUUAAACCAGUGAAACGAAAGCCUUCUAUAGAACAGCCCUCUGAAGUGCCACUUGAAGAAGAGACUCAGCCAGAACUUCCAAGAAAUGAAGCUCCAAAACCUGAUAUGCAAGAGAUCCAAACAACUUCAGCGCGGCAUGUCACCCAACCACAAGAAGUACUCAGUCAGGAAGAGGUUCAAUUAAAGCGUACUCCGAAACAAAGGCCUAAACCAGAAGAAGAAAAAGAGGUGGUUCAGUUAAAGCCCGUCCGGCGAGAUGUGAAGGAUGAAGAGGUUAAAGACACCGUUGAACUAAAACCAAUUACUAAGAAACCGAGUAGAAAACCAUCAGACGAUCAAACCCUGACUCCAGUUGAAAAGCUUGCGAUCGUAGAAAAUAAAAGCGAAUCUGUUAAACAAAAGCCCACGAAGCGGGUCACCAUUAAAGAACCCGCCGAAGAAAUCAAAGAGUUUGAAGAUGUUCCAGAACUUUUAGAGCAGACGCAGGAGACUCCCCAAGAACCGGUUCCUGUUGCAGAGGAAAAACCACUGAGGAAACCGAGGCGAAUUCUACCGAAAGAAGAACAAAAACCAGAACAGGUUACCUUAAAACCCGUGAAAAGAGGACCGAAGCCGAAAGAGCCGGAGCCUGAAGAAGUGCUACUCAAACCUAUCCCUAAACUUUCUCCUGGUGGAAAACCAAACGAGCAGUCCGAAUUAAAAUCAAUUUCAGUCGAACGAACUACUGUUGACAAACCAGAGGAAAUUACUGAAGAUGUUGAGAUAAAACGAGCCCCUCGACGACCAAGAGAGCCAGAAGAGGAAAAGUCUGAAGUGCAGUUAAAACCUGUAGAACAGGUACCUAAAGAAGCCGAAGAACAACCGGAAGUACGCCCUAAGCCUCAACCCAAGGCCCCUCUGCUUCCUGAAGAGACCAAAGAUAACACAAAACCUUCGUGGCUCAGAAAACGCAUAAGAAUACCAAAACCUGUGCCUGGGCGUCCGGAGGAUGAAGAUCAACCUACAGAACAUAAGCCAGAACUUGUUCCAGAACAGCUCAGAGAAGAGCUCGCAGAAGAAGUUCGAGGAGAAGUGCGUUCAGAAACUGUGAUUACUCUGACUAAUCGCGAGAUGCCAGUAAGUAAAAAGUCUUUGGUUCCUGAAGAGAUACAAGACAAGGAGGAGCAACCAAUAUGGCAAAAACAGAUGACAGUAGAGACUCAGUCACGUCGUGUUACUCGCCGCGCUGGCCAAUUUAUUCAAGACGAAACGCCAUUGCGCGACUUGGAAAUAGUCACAGCUAAACGAGGUGUGGAAAAGCUGCCAGAAGAGCCCGUCGUGGAGGAAGAAGUGCGUGAAGAUCGCACAGCUGUGCGCCGCUCGAUCGUGCAGCGCUCAACGGCCGAAAUCCUCGCCCCACAGAAAACUAAACCACCGAAGUUCACUAAACGUCUAGAGCCAGUGGCCGCAGCCCCUGAUAGUCCGUGUAGGUUCACAUGCCAAGUAGAAGGUGUUCCAUUCCCAGAUUUGACAUGGUUGUACAACGGAAAAGAACUGCGUGCAUCUGAGCUUGUCUCUAUGACUGUUGUUGAGAACGUUGUCACGCUGGAAAUAGUCAAAACGUUGCCCCAGCACGUUGGUGUAUACUCAUGCAAGGCAACAAACCCAGCUGGAGUAGCAAUGUCGACAGCCAACCUUGUGAUCUUAGAGAAAGAAGAAUCAGGAGUCGCACCCCAGUUUUCCCAGCCUCUUAAACCGCAAGUAGUAAAACCUCGAGAAACUGCUACGCUACGUUGCCUUGUGAAAGGUGAACCUGCACCGAUAGUGAGGUGGUAUCGAGGCGAUACCGAAGUAAAAACAGACAGUUUGCGCCGGUUAAGCUACGACCAAGUUACUGGAACCGCUACAAUGACCAUCUUGGAGCCAACUCCUCAAGAUGAAGUAAUUUAUAGAGUUGUUGCCACUAACAAGUUUGGUCGAGCCGAAUGCCGAGCCAAUUUAAUCCUUGGAGAGCAGGUUUCUGUUUCAAAGCCCGAAAUUCUCCAUGCCCCACGCAUUGUCGAACCCCUUAAAGCCAUUUUGGCAGUGAAAGGGCAGCCAGUGGUGCUGGCUGCAGGGUUUCAGGGAACACCUCAACCGGAGGUACGCUGGUAUCGGAACGGGAAAGAAAUUGUUCCAUUAGCAGAGAAGGACAAAGAAAUAGUAACGGAGGCCUUCCGGACAGAGCUACGCAUUCCUGCUAUCACAAAACAACACAGUGGAAAGUACGAGGUUCGUGCGAUGAACACUGCUGGAGAAGCCAGGACCUCGGGCUCUGUGGCAGUUCGAGAGCACGACGCUGACGACUUAAAAGAUGCUAGAGCUCCUCGAUUUAUUGAACCCCUUGAACCACAGAUAGUUGCGGAAGGAGAAUGUGUGGUGUUAGAGGCUCGUGUUGAUUCGUUUCCAACCUGCUCAUUCCAAUGGUUUUUACAUUCGGUACCAGUAAAAUCUUCUCCCGAGCUUCGUGUUGUUACGGAGGAAAACCGGUCGGUGCUUGUUGUUCGUGAAGUACUACCGGAACAUGCUGGAGAUUACACGUGUAGAGCUGAAAAUGCUGUUGGCUCUGUGACGUCAACGGCAACGCUGAGUGUUGUGCCUGAAAUGCAAUGGGAAACCACCGCUGAACUGGAAAUCAUGUCCCCACAGUUCGUUAAACCUGUCUCAAGCGUAAAAGUAAUGGACGGAGAAAAGGUUACUUUCACAUGUCAGGUGGUCGGAAAACCAACUCCCCGAGUUACCUGGCGACACAAUGGCCAACCCAUAAAAGAGGCCAAAGACGUGACUAUAUAUCAAGACCAGGAAGGCCUUUGUAAACUAGCGAUAUCGGAAGUAUUUCCGGAAGACGCUGGAUUAUACACUUGUGAAGCUUUGAAUCGAGUCGGUGAAGCUGUAUGUUCUGCAUCGCUUAUUGUUGAAGCUUAUGAGUACGUCCCUGAUUCGGAAAUAGCCUCCGUGGCAGUUGACACUAACCUGGCCACAGCGAAAAGCGUUUCAGAGGAAGAUUUACUCGAAAAGGAAAGCUUGUCUUCACUCGAAGAUCAAGAAAUGCAAGCUGCACAUUUUGUAACACCACUAGUUCACACUACGCCAAGUAGAGAAGGAGAGCUGGUUCGGCUUGAAGUGAAAGCCGGGGGAAAUCCGCGACCCUCUGUGCGAUGGUACAAACAAGGCAAUGAGAUACACCCAAACAAGGACUUUCAAGUUGAGAACUAUGAAGAUGGGACAUCCGUGCUUACUAUAAUGGAAGUAUUCCCGGACGAUGUCGGGGAAAUAUCUUGUGAAGUCCAAAAUGAGCUUGGCGUAGAUCAGACCGUUACCGAAUUAGAAGUUCACGGUAUCUUGGGCACGAAGGAGUAUCGGAAGCCUGAAUGGGUAACGCAAAUGGAGGAAUUGAAGGAUGCGCUUAAAGCUGUGCAGGCAGUUCCGAGUAUCGAGGUGGAAAUUAGAGAUGCCUACGUAGAGGAGCUUGAUACCGUCGUGUUCGAGUGCGUUUACUCUGGAACACCAAAACCAGAUAUUAUUUGGUACCAUGACGAUCAAAUCGUUCGUAACACAGAGAAGGUGAGAAUUACUAUCGAGGAGAGCAAGACGACGUGUACAGUAAAAUGUACAUCUCCCGAAGAUGCUGGUAUAUACGUCUGCAAAGCCACUAGUGAUAUUGGCAUGGCAAUAACAAAGGCUAAACUCAGCGUCACAGAAAUACCCGAAGAAAGAAAGGAGGAGAAAAUUUUAAAAAUAGCCCAAGAAGAGGAAGAGAAAGUAAAGCUGGAAAAAGUGAAACUCGAUAAAAAGCGGGAGAAAAAGAAAAGGCGACCACGGUGGGGACUCACCGAUGAAAGAGAUCAUGCGUCUGUUGAGCAAGUUCAGACUUUGGAAUCUGCAAGCCAGUUUACGGAAACUGUUGAUUCUAAAUUUGCCCAGAGACGGCAAUCCAUUCAAGAUUCUGUUGCUGUGUCAGCAGUGGCCUCCUGUAAAAAAGUAGAUGAUUCGCAACGCGUGGAAAAACCAAAGGAUAAGGCGCAACAGGUCCUCUCUCCUCAGGAGGGUCUUGCUGUGAGUGAGACACAGCCAGCACAUGAGGCAGUUGACUUACUCGAAGACAAGAAACCAAAGAUACGGAAAGCAAAACCGUCUGAGGCAGAAGGUCUCAAGGAUGCCAAAGUAACAGUCGUGAAAGUGCAAGAAAUUAUUAAGAAGCACAGAGUAAUGAUGGCGAAAGAGGUUAAUGACAUUAUGGAGUUGAUGAAUGUUCGAGAGUUUGGUCCUGGUGAAUCACCACUUCGCGAACUUGCUCAAAUCGGAUUUCUUGUUCGCCAUGGAGUGACAGUGAGUGACAUUACGUCGGUAUACCACGAAACAGACGAAUUUCCUGCUUUGCGUACUCCUUCGGCACAAUCGGCGCUUGUCUCACUAGUGGAGCGUGAAGGACAUGGUACUUUGAUAUCACAAGUUUUGACUGAAGAAACAACGGCGGACGAAACCACUGUCGCAAAAACUGUAGGCUUUAGAGCCUUUAUGCGUAUGAUACAGCUUCGUCAUGUAACCGUUGAAGAGGUUCUCACACAUUUCAGCCCUGAAGACUUCCACAUGCCUGUUUGGGAAACGUCAGAGGCAACCAAGGUGGAGACUUCGAAGCUAAGCACCGUGAGUGUUUCGCGCCGCACCGAAGUCUUGACUGACGAGAAAGUGGUGAUGAAAAAACGGUCUACGCACGUCGAGGAUGAAAGAGAAGAAACCCUCGAAGAAAUGGAGACGCAAACCGGAAUGGCAACAAAAGAACACACGCCACACGCUAGGGACGAAGGCGUCACAAUCUCGGAGCUGCAUGAAGAUGAUUACAAUAUAGCAGAAACGGACACGGCCAUUGUGACUCAACCAGACGAUGACUACAAGCAUGCAGAAGAGUUGGAUGUUCCAUCACAAAAAACAAUUGAAAAGGGCACCAAAAAGAAAAAAGUAGUUAAAAAGUUAACUACGGAAAAAACUGAUGAGGAAAUUGAAGUAAACAUUGAAGUUAUUAAAGGUGGUGUAAGAAAAGUUGUCAAAACUAUCCGCGCUCAAAUGCCAGAUGAAUCGGAUGAAUACAUUAAUGAAGACUUUACUGGUACGCUUCAAGAAGAAACAGAAGCGGUACUGAAAGGACUACCAUUGUAUUCAACAUCUGCAAUGGCAAUUACUAUGCCUUCAGAAACGCCGACGGAAAUAGGGGAUGAGCUGGCUGUGCCUCAAGACAAAGUUAAAGUAAGCCUUCUUACGCAUUCUGCAGUCGCUGGACAGAUAGUCAAGUGCGAAGAACGCGAAACCGACAAUGAUUACGUAACUACACUUUCUGUUCGGGCCGCGCAAAACCAAGAACCGCUGGAACCCGUCUCAGUGACACAACCUCAGGUUCAAGUGACACCAGGUGAAUUUGACGAGGUAUUUAAACCCCAGUCUUAUUCAGCAAGUAAAACAUUUGUUCAGAGCGAAGGUAUAGUCGUUAGUGUAACAGAGGCGGGCCAAUCAACGUCAGCUGCUAACGAAAUUGUUCUCGACAAACAAUCAGCAGCCAUGUCCCUUAUACCCCAAGAAGCCACAACGGUUACUGAAGUACAAACUUCUGAUAAGGAAAAGUCAUUUGAUUCUGGAAAGUCUCCUAUACAACUCAAAGCUGAGAAGAAGUUUGGUGUAAACGAAAGUGUUUCUGUUCUCGUGGUUGAUGACAAUAUUAAGGAAGAAACUUUGGACAGUCGUGCAACUCCAGGAGUUAAACCCAAAAUUGGGAUCCCGUCUAAUGAACCACUCAUUGUCAGUGAAGUAUUUUUGGAAACCAGGCCUGAAAAGUACGUCCCAGAAGUUAUUGUGCCAACUGAAACCGCGACAAAGAGCGUGAUAGCGCAGCAGUCUGUGACGACAGACGUACUUCAGGCGCCUGAAACUGAGGGUUUGUUUGUGCCAGGACGUCUGCCCCCGUCACAACAAGCCUCUCAGUGGGUCACUCCGAUUGAAACAGCUGUUGUUACAACUCCAGGCGUGGAAGAAAAAGAAAGUAAUUUGGAUAUUUUGCGCACUCCUGAAAAGAUUAAAGCGAUCGAAAGUUUGGCUACAGUAGAAAGCGUACUUGUCAGUUCGACUCUGUCCCAAGAUUCUGAAACACUGCUAAAUGUCGACGCUAUAGAGAAAAGGGUGGUCGACAUUGACGUUCUAUUACAAGAGUCAGUCUUGACAUCGCUUACUACUACCGCUGAGAAAGAAGGCACACUCUCUGAGGAAACACUGCCGAACAUGAAGCACGCUACUGCAAGUGUAAGUUGCCUUGAACUUUCAGGGGUGACUCUACCUGUCGGUCUGGAGUCCGAAGGAGAUCUUGUAGUGCCUAAGGGCCCAUUAAAAGCAGUGGCAGAAACUUCUGUUCGAGAAGAAGAAUCUCUUGGUGUUACAGUGGUGCAAACAAGUGACGUCCCAUCAGAAUUUUCUGACGUUCUGAAAUAUAGAACAGACGAGGCGGCUACAGUUGUUGCACUAACAGAAGCAGCAGAGGUUUGGGAGGUGCAACUUCACGAUAAGGAACAGCCACUGAAAACGAAAGAGCCGCUAGCUCCGGCCCUAGGCACUCCAGGAUACAGACAUCAAUUUGGAGUUUCUAUUUUUGAGGCACAAAGUGGUGACAAAGAAGAACCUCUUAGAGUGUAUGACCUUCCGGAAGCACACAAAGGAAAACUCACGGCUUCGCAACUUGCUAGCUCUUUACAAAUUGAGGAAAUUAGCCCGGAAGCUAAAACAGGUGAGCUUCUUGCGGAUACACCAAAAACUGAGAAAGCUCAUACUGAAACGGAUACUCUUUCCGAAACUGUCGUUCAAGAAAUCGUCGUUAGCGAAGGCAUUUUGCCUCAAGAAACACCGGUUGUGAUAAGUAAGCUGGCAGAUGUCCUUGUAACCGGGAGGGAAGCUGUGACUAAAACUGAAGUUUUCUCCGAAGAUAAAGAAGCUCCAAUAGAGCUGGCUGAAAAACCGAAAGAAUGCUUUGCUUCAGCAGAUAUCUGUGGACAAACACUACCGAUAACAUCCGAGGUGCUGCUGCAGGAUGUCGCGCAUGAUUUUAACGAAGACAUGCCUCAAACUGGAAGCGCGAAACAACAACAUUCCACUGUUGAGGGCGUUGUCGUGUGUCAGUCAGAUUUGGCUGAAAAAGAAGGUGACUUCCCUAAACUUGCUAUGCCUGAUUCAAAAAUUGCAUUGAUUCAGUUUCCAGACGAAGUAUCCGGGCUAUCUGUCAUGGACAUUCAACCUCACGAGACUGAGUCCACCCUCGUGCCAGAUGACCGCCCAAAGCCCAUCUUUGCUGAAGCGUCUGUGCCUGCAAGGGAGAUAGCUAUUCAAAGUGUUGUAAUGCCUCAAAAUAUGACGGAUGAGCUGUCCUCGCCAUCACCGGUAUCCAGCCGAGCGAAGACAGAACAGGAGCCAUUUAGUGGUCUCGUAGUUACGGAAACUGCUGUGGGCGAAGGCGAGCGCGAGCUUCCUUCGCACAAACAACCGGGUUCCCAUACGGCAAGCGUCGUUGUUGGUACCAUGGAAAGCUUUUCUUUGGCGGAGGUAGAAACCGAAACGAAGGAAGACCGAUUUGAAUCCCCUGCCGCGCCUAAGCUGAGAACAGCACUUCCUGGCAUUUCUGGACGGGAAGUGGCACAAACGGAGGAGUUGCUAUUAAAUCAACACGCUAUUGAUUGGGACAGAGUGUCUCCAAUAAGGGAAACUGCUAAGCCUGAACAGGACGGCUUGCAAAUUGCGACGAUGACUGAAACUGCGACCGGGGAAAAGGAGGGUGACUGCACAACAUCUGUUCAGCCGAAAGGACAAAAUGCAGGUGUUGCGUUUGAAAAUGUAGCUGGACAAGUGUUGACAGUAAAAGAAGUAAAUUUGGCCUUUAAAGAAGGAUCCUUGUCAUCAGUAGAAAUACCAAAAGAGCAACGGGCUCUCGUUGAUAUACCGUCCAAUGAGGUUGCGCAGACGACUGAAGUGAUCGCUCACACUGAAGCUAGUGCCUUUUCUGAAAGCAAGCCUGUUUUCCUACGUGCUAUGCCUGACCAAGUUCCACACGAAACUAUCAGCGUAAGCGUCAACCAACCGGUUGAAAACGAGUCUGAAUUUUUGCCAGUCACGCAACCAGAAAAUAAAACGGCCCAAUCGACGUUUAUAGAAGAAAUUGGAUUGAGCGUCUCAUUAAAUACUGCUAAUGAGAAAGAAGCAGUGUUGCCACACUUUGAGACACCCGAAGGCAAAACUGCUGCACCGUAUGUAUCUGGCCACGAAAUCGCACAGAGUUCGGAGGUUGUUCCUCAAGCUACUGUUGAUAGUUUUUCAGUAUCAGCACCAGUGGGCGUUAAGGCAAGUCUUGACCAUAUUUCACACCAAGGUAUAAUAUUUACCGAAACGGCAUUAGCUGAAAUAGAAGGCAACCUCGAAGACGACUCAAAACCCAACUCUAAAGUAGCUGACAUUUUCUACGAGGAAGCAUCGCAAGUCCAGAUAACAGAGACAUUCCCCCAAGACAAAGAAACCAGUUUUGAUUCAUCUGAGAACCCUUUAGGGAAAUUUGCUCAGCCUGCUCUUAGCACACACGAAGUUGCUGUCAAUACUACAGUGAGAUUGGAAUCAUCUGUACUGGAGCUGCAACUUCAAAAGGAACUUGAAAGAAAGGCAGUAAUUGACCAGAUACCUUUCGAGGCUGUAGUUAGAGCCGAAACGACAGUACAAGAAAAAGAAGAGCCGUACGACAGGAUUGCGAAAACUGGACAAGAAACGGCGACUCCCGUAUUCGAAGUAAAGAAGAGUUUAAAUGUUACCGAGGCACUUGUGGAAGACAGCGAGGCUGCAUUUUUGCCGACUAGCGUACCUCAGCCGAGGGGAGCUACAGUAGGCGUCGACCUACAGGAAGCAUCUGUGGUUUCUGAGGUUGAGAGUCAGAUUUCAUUAGGAGAUGUAAGUGCAACAUCGGUACCAGAAGCGUGCGCUCAGUAUGGGCACAUACCGUUCGAAGGCUUAUCACAAACACAAGCAACUGUUCAAGAAAGUGAGCUUGCUCUAGACCUCGGUCGUCAGAUUAAAACGAAUACUGCAACUUUGGAACUGACUGAGUUGGUAGGAGUAGAGGUCACUUCUAUUGAGCUAAGUGAAAGAGAAAAUACUCUUCCCGAAAAAGAAAUGCCUGCGGCUAAAGUUGCUGUACCAGAUGUUACAUUAAAGGAGACCGCUCAGCAGUUACUUGUCGUUCCUGAAACAUCUACUGGAGAAUUACAGGAUGUGAAAACUUUGACAACAACGGCCUCGUCAUCACAACAAGCUCACAAUUAUAUACUGACUACACAAAUACCCAUAAAUGAAAAAGAAGAAGAGUUUGUGGGGGACAACUUACCUGAAAAACGUACUGCAGAUCAGGACUACGUAUCUCAAAAGGGUCUUCUAGUGUCUGAAGUUAACUUAUCAGAACGCGAAGAACUAUAUAAGAGCCCUGAUGCCCCAAAAGAAAGGCGGGCAGUACAAGAUUUGACGGACGCACAGGACAUAGCCGAAAAAACAGAAGUGUUGCUGGAAACGAGCAUUCCAGAAAUCCCCAAAGAGCAGCGACAGGAAGAGACCGGUGUACAAGUUCAAGAGACUCUGCAUAGUAUUGAGAUUUCAGAAAAUGCAGCUCAUGAGCUUGAAGUGCCGUUUUCUGGAAGUUUCAAGCCGACGACUAAAACUGCAGGUACGUUAAUAGAAGAAGCAAAGUCAGUUCAGGUGGUUUCAGAAGUGCAACCUGGGGACAGUGAAUCUACAUUCCAAGACUGGGUGGCACCGAAAUCCCGGGUAGCUGUACCCGACGUUUCUGGGCAGGAUGUUGCCGAAAAAACGGAAGUUCUAACUGAAAUGUGUGUUGGCCCCGUUAGCCAUCCUAGCGUGGCAGCGGUUACGGCUACUGCGCUGCAGAUUCCCUUUGAAAGUAUUGUACAUACUCAAGCAGUUUUAUCGGAAAAAGAAAUUGAGUUCAAAGAGAGUCCCAAAGUUUCAUCAACAACUGCAGACAUGGUGUUUGAAGAACAAACGGGAAUACAAGUUUCUGAGGUUAGGAUUGAAGAUCGGGAAAAACAUCUUGAUGCGUCCGAACGUCCAAGGCAGAGAGAAGCACAACUUGAUGUCACCCCGCGGGAGGCAGCUGAAGUCAGUGCUGUCUACACGCAACAAAGUGUUGAUGAUAUAACCUUGUUAAGUCCGAUUACUGUUACUGCUAGGCCAGAUUGUGACACUUUCGAAGGAAUACAAGCUAUCCAACCUGUGAUAGUUGAGCGGGAACAAGAGCUUCUCAAAAGUGAUGAUGCGAAGCACACAACUGCGAGCGUUUCCGUAAGGGAACUUGGCGGCGUGUGCGUAACAGUAGUUGAAAGUCAGGAUAGGGAAGAAGGUUUGGUACAUACACAGGCACCAGCUACAAAGAAGGCAAACGCGGAGGUUCUCACCAAAGAAGUUGCUCAAUCUUACGAGGUUAGCGCAAAUUUCUUACCGAGUGAAGUAGUUCUGGAAGAAACGAAGCAAGGUUUCGCGACCUAUCAGCAAUCACUUUUUGAAUCGCUGACACAAGAAGAAGCAAUAGUUCAAGAAACAGAAAGUUGCUUAUCGAAAGAAAAAACCCCUGCGUCUAAAACAGCAUCACUUGGUUUUGAAGAGGAAUCUUCUAUCCGAAUAAGUGAGGUACAACCAGAAGUCAAAGAAACAGAUUUAGAGACAGCAGCCAUACCACCUAGCCAAAUUGCAUCGUCAGAUAUCAUAAGUCAAGAGGGAGUUGUGACGACUGUUGUUGAUUCUCAGAUGCACUCUGUUCAAAAAGAUGAGCCAUUUGUGCUCCAAUAUGAAAACGCCUGUACCGGUCAGGAGCCCAAAGAAGCUAUAUCAAUCACAGAAAGGUUAGUUCAAGAAAAGGAAGGUAAUGUGGCGAAUCUGGUAAAACCAUCGUCGAGAAACGCAGAAGUAAGUUUUGAAGAGACGCAAUCUACGAUUGUGUCUGAAACGGUAAUACAACAACGGGAAGAAGAAAGAAGUCCGGAAGCCAAACCAAGGCCUGCAAUUGCACGCCCAGAGGUGACUGCACGGGACAUAGCCGAACAACUUGAAAUAGUUCCACACUCUGGAGUAGAUGUGCUUGAAUCAAUAAAGCCACAUGAAGUUCAUGCAGCUGAAAUACAGUCUGUCGUUGAGGCUCUACUUCAGUCAGAAGCAAUAUCCAAUGAAAGAGAAUCCAAUCUGGUGUUGAAAGAAAAAGAAAUGCACAAAAAUGCACGAAUUUCUAUAGAUGUUGAUCAAACAGCAGCAUUGUCGUCUGAGAUUGUCCCAGAAGACAAAGAAAAUACGUUCGUUUCGACAGAAAAACCAACGUCUCAGAAAGCUAAAAUCGAUUUACUUGGCAGAGAUGUAGCCGAGCAGACUGCCAUCGAAGCUAUACACUCAACAGACCUCAUAACCACGACAGAACCACUGAAAGAAAAGGCGCGUUUCGAACAAAUUCCGUUUGAGAGCUUAAUGCAAUCCGAAACCUCCGUUCAUGAGUUUGAAAGUACUUUAGAAAGCUCACGGAAACCCGACACAAUUACAGCAGAUCUUCAAAUCCAGACUGGAAGAAGUAUUACUGUGACAGAAGUUAUUGCCCAGGACAAUGAGGGAGCAGAGUUACAUAAACAUGCGCCAAGACAAGAGGUGGCCCGUCCUGAUGUUUGUGAGCGUGAAACUGCAUUACAGACCGUUAUAGUCCCAGAAUCAAAUCUGACACCGCUUGAAAUCGAUUCUCUGGACACGUCAAUCGCAAAAGCAACAUUGCCUAUACCUGCACAUGGACUACUUAUUACUGAAAUCGGACAAGCGGGAGAGAAGGAAGCAGAGUUGCCAUCUCUAGCCAAGCCAGCAACAAAGAAAAUUCCAUUCACUGUCGAGGAACGUGACUCAAAUUUACUUGUCACAGAGGUGCACUCCGAAAUACGCGAAGAACCACUGGACACACUUUUGCCAUAUCCCUUGGUCAAAGCUAAACAAACAACAAACGACGAGCUUCAUGCCCAAACAACCCAGACCAAACAAGGUGAUUUUGCCGCCAUAGUCCCGGAGGAGAAUGCUGCUGCUAUAUUACUACCGGAGGACAUUAAUCUAGUAAAGCCAGAGGUGCCCGAAGAAAAGGAAGACAUAGUUGAACCAAUACCUCCAAAAGUAAAGGUUCCAAAGAAACCAAAGAAACCCGAAGUUGCUGAUCUUCCGCAGACUUCUGGGCGUCUAGAAGAACAGCCAGUCGUUGAAGAUCAAAUCUCAGAAACUCCACUCCCAGAAUCGGACAAGAAAGAUACUGAGGUCAAGAAGAAAGUGCCCAAAAAGAAGAAGAAAACCCCGAAGCCUGAAGCCGACAUUGUGCUAGACGUUGACUUAGAUGAAGAAAUUGAAAGACCGGUCCUUGAAAAGUACGAGCCAACACCAUUUAUUCCAAAGAAAAAACAGGCAGAGGAAGUGAAGAAAGAAAAGCUGAAGGGAUUGGAAAAGCAAUCUAUUGUGCGGACCGAUGUGGCUCCCAAAAAAGUUCAAAUUAUACCUAUAGAGGAGCUACCACAAUUUGCCACAAUCAAAUUAAAGAAAGCACCACUUGUAAAACGGGAGGACCGAAAAUCCGUUUCACUGCCUAAAUUUUUGUUGAAGAGCCGAAUAACCAAAGUGUCGUAUCCCCCAGAAAUUCAAAUACCAGUUAUAACUGAAGUUGGGGCAAAACGUGACGCUGGCGAGCUAUCACGAAACGCUGAAGAAGCAUUGAAGGUUCUGAAAAAGAAACGCAAGAAGGUCAAGUUACCAGAGGACGAUGAGCGACCAGAACUUGAAGAAUAUGUUCCGUUCGAAGACGAAAGAAAACCUGAGGAACCAGUGCCAGUUGAGGCUGCGAAACAAGUACUUCCCAAACCGGAUAAACCAGAGGAGGACAAACCCGUUGAGCUCAAGCUGAAAUUGAAAAAGGGAACAGUACCAGAGGAGGAAGAUAAACCCGAAGAGGUGAAACUUCGUAAAGUGCCCGUGAAACAAGACGACGUCGAAGCUGCUGAGGUUAAGGUACCAAAGAAAAAAGAUACCACUAAAGAAGUUCCCAAGGAACCCAAAGAAGAGACUGUAGUUGAACUGAAACCAUUUGAACCGUAUGAUAUACCUCACGAUGACGUGGAUCUAGAGAGGCCCGAGAAGAUGCCAUACGAAAAACCAGAAAAAGAAAAGGUGCCUGAAGAGAAGCCAACCAUCAAGAAACCGAAGAAAGAGAAACCUCAGCCUGAAUCUAUCGAGACGCCUAUUGUUCCUGGUGUACCCAAACCACAGCCUGAAGAUGAUAUACCCGGCAUCCACCUUAAGAAGAAACAGGGCCCUGCACCAGAAGACGCUCCCACCGAUAUUACACUGAAACGAGUUAUUCUUGAGAAGAAACCUGAGGAGAGUCCGGAUGAAGAGAAAGAAAGUCCAGUGGAGAAUAUUACUCUUAAACCAGCCUUUAAAGAAACGGAAGAACUUGAUGUUGGCUUUUCUGUUCGACCAAGUAAACCUGCAGACGAAGUGGCAGCUCAGGUAACAUUGAAAAAGAAAAAGAAAUUGCCUAUUGCUGAAGAUACAUCUGAAGAAAUUACAGUUACUAAAAUAGUGCCGACAAAACCUAAGGAUGAUCUGGCCGAGGAAACUCCGGUAGAAUCUUUCUCACUCACUCGGAAGUCUCUACCUGAAAUGGAGGAGACCGUUGAAACAUUGACAAUUAAAAAGGAUGUGGAGAAACCUACUGAUGUCGUCGAAAGUCCAGCCUCACUCACUAUUAAGCGGAAGAAAUCUAAGCCUGCUUCCGAAUUAGUCGAGGAAGUUACUAUCAGGAAAGAGGUCCCAGAAACGGGGGGAGAAGGCAUCGACGAACCAGAGGUGGCUAUUUCAAUAAAGAAGCCGUCCAAACCUGCCCUGGAUGAAGAGGUUGAUGCCGUUACAAUAAAGCGGGUUGUGCCUGCACCCGAGGAAGUAAAAGAUGAGCCGUCAGAAGCUGUACUAAUCAAGAAAAAACCAAAGAGCCCCCCCAAAGAGGAGGUUUCGGAGGAGGUGACAAUACAAAAGACUAUUCCUAAACGGACUACGGAAGAUGACCAAACUGAAGAGUCUAUUACUUUAAAGAAAAAGACACCGAAAGCACCUACCAUUGAAGAGGAAGCGGAAGCAAUAACAAUUAAAAAGCCGGUACCAGAGCAACCUGAAGAAAUCGAGACUGUCAUAUUUAAACCCAAGACAACAAAGAAGAAAGAAGACGUCGAACAGGAGUUUAAAAUUCAACUCCAGCAGUACGAGGAGGAGGAGAUAUCUAUGUCCGGUAAAGUUCGUUUGAAGAAACCAAAGGCCAUGACUUUUGGAGAAGAGGCAGGUGUAAGCACUAUCCAGAUAACUCAAGAAGUAGACGAUGAGAGUGGUCCUGUCAUAGAAGAAAUCAGUGAUGACGAAGGGCUGCAACCUGAAAAAAUACGGGAGGAUUUUGAAAUAAAAUUGAAGCGUAAACCGUCUGAAAAGCGAUACAGUAUUCAGGACAUCGAAGAAGAGAUUCAGGUUGGUUUCCGCCAAGAAAAGAGAGAGUCCGUUGUUUAUGAGGAGGAGUCACUAGCCUUUAAGCCAAAACCGAAAAGGAGACCGUCAGAGCCGAGUGCACAAACAGAGGAUGUGUCUCUUAGCAUAACAAAGGAGGCCGAGGUGAUCAAGGAAGAAGCUGAGCAAGUAGACGUCAUCAUUACUGAAGUUCAAGACGGAGACCUUCUUUAUUCUAUAAGUUCAUAUGUCGCCGAAAACGACGAUGCAAUGAAUUUGGUUGAAGGAGAACGGGUUUACGUUUUAGAGAGUCAUAAUUCUGAUUGGUGGUUCGUACGGAAAACACUGACAGCAGAGAAGGGUUGGGUUCCUGCAAAGCUUCUAAAGGACGAGGUUUCAUAUACUCACCAUUUGACUCACAGCCUCCAUGAGAAGAUUGACAAGCUGCCAGUAUUUGAAAAACCAGCACAGGGUCAAUCCGUCUCUGCUCCACGUUUUGUUGUAAAACUCCAGCCCCAGCACGUACCUGACGGCGCGACUGUGCAAUUGGAGUGCCGAGUGGAAGGCAAUCCGAAGCCCCAGAUCACAUGGUUCAGAGAAACUGCAAUAAUUAAACCCUCUCCUGACUUCCAGAUGUUUUACGACGAGGACAACGUCGCCACUCUAAUUAUCCGUGAAGUUUUUCCCGAAGACGCUGGGUUUUUCACGUGUGUUGCAAAGAAUAGCGUGGGUUUUGUGUCAAGCACAACUGAGCUCUACGUCGAAGCACCUCUGUCAGACCACGGCUCGGACAUUACUGCUCCAUCAAGAAAAUCCAUGUCGAGAGAAUCUUCUCUUGCCGACAUUCUGGAGGGAAUUCCGCCUACGUUCUCUCGAAAACCAAAAGCAAGAUGUGUUCCUGUCGGCGAGGACGUGGACCUUGAGUGCAGACUUGUGGCGAUUCCAGAGCCAGAGGUCACGUGGUUUUUCAAUGGGAAAGAACUUACCACGCAAAAGAACGUGACCGUAAGCACGGACUCUGACAUGCACUCCUACUCUAGUGUUGUGCAUAUAUCCAAGAUAACGCAGGGCCAAGAAGGAAGUUAUACUGUGGUGGCAAGGAAUCGAGAGGGAGAGGCGAGCAUGAGUAUAACUGUGAAGGUCCAGACAGGCGAGAAGGAAGGCCCACAAAUUUUGGAGCCCCUGAAGAGUGUCACUAUUUGCGAAGGAGACAGUGCUGUUCUCAGCACUCAGAUUGUUGGCAACCCGAAGCCCAAGGUUACAUGGUACAAGGAUGGCAAAGCAUCACCUAAGCUGCCAACCAAAUCGGAUGGGGACACCUAUACUCUCACUCUUAUCCAGCCGAAAGCCACUGAUUCGGCACAGUACACGGUGAAGGCUGUUAAUGAAGUCGGCAAGUGUGAGACCACUGCAACACUGACUGUUGAAGCUUUCACUGACAAAAAACCACCUUUGCCCAAGAAAAAGUCCUUAACAGGAUCACCAAAGGAAUUGCCGCGCCCAGAGGCUCCACUCUUUAUUGAACGUUUCCAGGAACAAAAAGUGAAACAGAAGAGUACCAUCAAACUAGUUGCUAAAGUUACUGGUAAUCCAACACCCCAGAUAACAUGGUUCAGAAACAAUGAGCCGCUUCUUCCAUCAAAGCGUAUCAAGGAAACAUUUGAUGGUUCAACUGUCACUUUGGAAGUUACUGAAGCAGAUUCUGAAUUGGAUGCUGGUGAUUACAAGUGCUUAGCCAGCAAUCCCAGUGGUAAAGCCUCUCAUGGGGCUCGUGUCACAGUAGAUGUGGACAAAGUAACAUUCACAAAGAAACUUCAAAAAUCCAUUGUAGUUGAUGAGCGCAGCUCUAUAAAACUGGAAUGUGAAACAUCUCACACAGUAUCUACAAAGUGGUAUCAUAACGGAAAGGAACUGAGUGGUAUGGAUCAUAGAGAAAUUGUCCAAGAAAACAAAUCUCAUCGCUUACUGAUAAAGCAUACCUCACCCUCUGAUGCUGGCACAUACACUUGUAAAGUUAAAGACCAGUCUACAGAGUGCACAGUAUCAGUUAAUGAAAUCAAAGCAGAAUUUGUUCGCAAAGUUGAAGAUAUAGAGGUGAAAGAAAGAGAAAUUGCUGUUUUGGAGGUGGAGGUCUCAUCUGAUACUGCUGUUGUUACUUGGCACAAGGAUGGAGAGCAGUUGAAGGAAGUACGAGAUCGGGUUGUAUUUGAGAAAAAGGGAGGUGUUAGGAGACUUCUUAUUCGUAGUACCUCAGUUCAUGAUGAAGGUGAAUACACAUGUGCACUAGGAGAUCAAGAGUGCUCUGCAGAGGUUACUGUAAUUGAGUUGCCACCUGAAAUUAUUACAAAAUUGAAAGAUACAACAGUUGCCAAAGGAGACAAGGCCACUUUAGACAUAGAACUCACUAAAGAAGAUGCCCUUGUACGGUGGUUUAAAGAUGGGAAGGAGCUUCAAUUUUCUGAGCACAUUCAACUGGCAAUCGAUGGUAAACGUCAAAAGCUGAAAAUUUACAAUGCAGAGCUUUCAGACGCAGCAGUGUAUUCCUGUCAAGUUGGUGACCAGACAACAAGUGCAAGACUUACUGUUCAAGAGCCAAAUGUCACAUUUACUAUGCGGUUGCCUGAAGUUAUUCGAGUUCCAGUUGAGGCUGAAGCUACGCUAACAGUAGAAUUAUCCCAGCCUGAUGUUGAGGUCAAAUGGUUUAAGAAAUCUGAAGAAAUCAAAGAAACUGAACGCUUUACAUUCUUUUCUGAAGGAACUAUCCGCAGACUAGUAAUCAGAAAGGUCAAAAUUGAGGACCAAUCAGACUACAGUUGUGUCAUGCUAAGUGCCAAGACAUCCACAAAACUAAUAGUAGAAGUGUCUCAAGCCAUUCCAAUAAUUGAAGUACCUAAGAAUGAGUACAAAGUAAAGAAGGGUAGUGAUGUAUCAAUGGAAGUCAAUUUCAUUUCUACUCCACCUCCAACAGACGAAUGGUCUGUGAAUGGGACAGUAAUAAAGAAAUCUAAGAAAGCCAUUCCAUCCUUGACCGAAAGUUCAGCCAGUCUUACCAUUAAGAAGGUAGAAGAAAGUGAUGUUGGCAGCUACAAAAUUAAGCUCAAAAAUACAAGUGGAGAAGCCUCUGCUGAUCUAACAUUAAUAUUAAUAGAACCACCUGGUGCACCUGGAACCCCUGAAGUGCUGGAAGUCACUAAUGACAGCAUCACUUUGCGUUGGAAAGCACCAGAAUCUGAAGGCAACUCACCAAUCACAGAAUAUAUUAUUGAAUACCAUGCGCGUGGAGAGUUUGCAUGGACAAAUGCAUGCAAAAAUACUCAUAUUAUUGAGACUACUCAUAAAGUAACUAACUUAGUCAUGAACUCCGAAUUGACAUUCCGAGUAAUAGCUGUAAAUGAGGCUGGGCCAGGAGAACCGUCUCCAGCAACCCGUUUCGUUCGCAUUGCCAUUGCCUCUAAACCUUCUGCUCCUCGAGGACCAUUUGAAAUAUCAAGCAUGACAGAAUCCUCAUUUACAUUAAAAUGGCAGCCUCCUGAAAGUGAUGGUGGAUCACCAAUACUUGAAUAUCUUCUUGAGAGACGUGAAGUUGGGAAAAAAGCAUGGCAGAAGGUGGGAACAACAUCAGGAGAUGUUACAUUCAUUGAAGUUCCAGGCCUUAAAGCGAACACACCUUACAACUUCCGUGUCACUGCAUCAAAUAUAGUUGGAAAUGGUCCUCCAUAUGCUCCUGAGGAAGCUAUCACUGCUGGAAAAAUGAUAAGUCUACAAUCCAAAUCAAAAAUCAAAGAUGAAAAUGAAGAGGAAGAAAUACCAACCAUCAUUUUGCCACGUCCCAAACCACGCUUGAAGCCACCAUCAUUUCCACCAACCCGCGCACCACGCCCUUCACUUGUUGUGUCAGAAGGGCCUAGUAGGGGGGUGCCAGCUAGUUUACUGUCUCCAGCAUUGAGCUCACUCCCACCACGUCCUCUGUCACCUGCUCCUAGUCAGGGUGGAUUAUCGCCCCCUGUCUCUCCGAGAUCCUCAUCACCCAUCCCACACUCUCUGGAUCCAGACACAGUGCCAAGCCAUGUUUCACAACGGAGGUCUACUUCAAUAGAUUUUUCUGCUCGGAAAGUGUCUAGUGGGGCGUUAAUCACAUUUGCUGAGGGCUCGUUGGAAAUGCCUUUAAGUCUUCCUGUUACAUCAGAACUAUCACCUUCAUACCUAGUGAUUGAAAACCGUAAGGAUUCCUUUGCUUCAGAAUAUGAAGUGAACAGAAAUAAAGCCCCGCCAGGCAAAAAUAUUAAUGCAUCAAAAUUUAAAAAUGUUUCUGGUGAGGAUUUGAGAACAAUCCUCACAUUUUUCCCAGUAAGUGGAUCUGAAUCCACCACAAGCAAGGAAACUUCAGCCCAGAAUGAUAAAUCUGACACUGAGAAAUCUCCUAUUAAGACCAAACAAACUGUGCCUCCUACUGCUUCAUUAGAUAGUGUGACCACCCUUAGUAUGCUUAAAGCUAAGCCAAGGGAAAAGCUCCCUCCACGACCCAUGGUUAAAAUUCAACCAGUAAGAGCUGCUUUAAUAAAAGAGCAAAGGGCAUCCCCAUCAGCCCCAACAAACUUGACUGUUACUGAUGUGACAAGCCGCAGUGUUACCCUUCAGUGGGGACCCCCAGAAAACCUUGGCGGCACUGACUUAACAGGAUAUAUUGUUGAACGUCAAGAUCAAGAGAGCCAGAAGUGGCUUAAGAUAGCAACACUGGACCCCAGCUGCAAUCAUUAUUGUUGUGAAAAUUUGAAAGAAAAAUCUGAAUUUUCUUUCAGAGUUUUAGCUGAAAAUUCUGUUGGUCUAAGUCCACCAGCAUCAACAGAUCGAGUUUGUCUGAAGACUCAUGCAUCACCACCGUCACCUCCUACUGCACCUUUAGAAAUUUUGGCUGUUGGGCCAUAUGCAGUUGUUAUAGAAUGGGGCACUCCAGAAUCUGAUGGGGGCUCACCUUUGACAGGUUACACAAUUGCAAUUAGAGACACUAGGAAAACUAUGUGGAUGGAAGUUGGACGUGUGAAAGCUGAUGUACAAAAACUGACCAUCAAAGAUCUCCAAGAAAACCAUGAGUACCUCAUACGAAUUUUUGCGGUAAAUGAAGUAGGUUCUAGUGAGCCUUUGGAAUCCGAGGAGCCUUUCAAAGUACUAAAGCCUUCUGAAUUGGAUGCUGCUGAUUAUGAGCGAGGAGAGGCAACUGAUAAAGAUACCCCCUCAGUUAGUUUUAGCACUGAACCAACAACAUCAUCAUGGAUGCGUGAUAAUAAUAUGGAUGCUGAUAUUGAGACAUAUGCUAAGGGUUCCUUACUCAGGAAGGAUGAAUACUUUUUCAAAGUGUGGUGCUACGCAAAAAAACUGUUUAAGUAGGAUGUUGUCAAUUCCAAUUGAUGCUUUGGCUGUUGAGGCUUCAACUGAACUGCAUUAAUGACACAGGUGGACCAAAUGGCAGUCCCUGAGCCAUUUAGGACAUCUCUAUCAUUGUUUUAGCAGAAACUUUAGGGGCAUACUUUAUCUCAGCAAAUACCACAACAACUAUUGCAUCAAUAUUUUACAUCAAUAUUUAAUGGUACACAUCUGACAACAACUCCCAUUUUUUUUGUACCAUGAAUUUAUUUGAAGCAGGAAUGAAUUCCUGCAGUAACUUAAGUAUUAUGUCUGUUCCCAUGUAUUCAUUUGAAAGUCAACACUGAAUAUAUAUUCACCCUGUUCUUUCUUAUCAUUAUAAAAUGUUCCACUUGAUUACCUGCCUUUGAUUAUGUAUGGAACAAAGUAAAAGCUUUAAAUUAAUUUUAGAGCAUACCCAUAAAACUGACCAUGGUAAUCAUUUACCCAUAAUGAAGUACUGUGAUACUAUUUAAAUUAAUCACCAGUCUUGUACAACAUCUGGCUUUGAUUAUGUUAUAAUUCUACUAAGAUAAGAUUUAAUUUCUAAAUUGUCUAUGAUAUGUAAUUCAUGUACCAUUGCGUAGUUAAACAGAACCUACAUGUCCUUUGUCAAAAUAAAAAGAGAGAGAGAGACAAAUAUAGGUGUAUUAAAAGAAGUUUUAGAACAAAUUAUAAGAAGGACCUUGUACACCAAAUGCAUGAAAUAAACUAUAAAUAGUAAACAUG